AAAAUCUGUCAAAUCCAAAUCAACAAGUUACAAGUCUCGAGAAAAUAUUUUGAUCCAUUACACUUUAUAAUGGAUCAGGAUAUUAAAAAAAGUACGUCCAUCACGAAAUUCGUAGUAAAGGACAAAACGUUGUUUGUUAAAGUGUUGUGGAAACACAACCAUCAUGACUUAUUUCACAUCAAAAUUUUUGACGGCGACGUAUCUUGGUCAGGAAAAUUUACAAACGAAUUAGCUAAAAAAUACAGAGAACGCUUUGAAGAAAUCGAGGAACAGUACAUUAAACAAGUUAAGAAGACCCUAAAAGGUCGUGACCAUAGUGGCUUUACUUACGAUUUUACUAUAAAUCCAGAUAAUAACGACUCUGCUACAUUCACCUGGAAGAAGAAGUUUGAAGACUCGAUGCAUGGACUCGCCACCCUUGUCCAUGGCUCUGUGCCCGUGCACCGUGACACCACCAAGGAAUCUAAAGACUUACUUCUAGACUUCUUAAUAGAAGAAAAUCAAGAACUGAGAAGUGUUAUUCAUGAUUUAAAUGAAAACAAUGAAGCUAUCAGCAAUGAUUUGAAGAAAUGCAAAGCUGAAUUAGAAAAGUUUGUGGAUAUAAAGUCCUCUUUGGAGACCAGCCUUUAUGGGAAGUUUGUGCAACUAUUGAAUGCUAAGAAAAGAAGAAUACAGGUUAUGGAAGGGAGCUUGCAAAAGAUUUCUAAAGUUUCGGCUAGUGAAUAAUGACAAAUUGUGAAGAUACAGUUGUAGCAAAAAGUGAAUUUGUGUAGCAAAACCACCUAAAUCUCUACCUGCAGUUGUUUAAAGAGAUUUGAUAUAAUAAAAAUGUAAAUAAUUCAAAUAUAAAUUUGUUAACAGUGACAAUAAUGUUAUCUUUAUUAAAUGUUUAUUAUAAUGCAAUGAUGGAU